GGCAUCUUUGACCUGCUGACCACCCUCUCCCUACGCAGCCACCCGUUUCAAUAAAUUCUCCAAAGUCUGUUGCUUGCAAAGCACAAUGACAGUGCCAUGGAGUCUCAGCCGGUCUUUUUGUCUUCUCUUUCUUAUUUCUCUAGCUCUGAAGAUGCACACAGCACAUGGAGUGCCUGAUUUCUCAAUGUAUCUCCACAGUAUUCUGAAGAACCACACGGCUCAUGCUUGUGAAGGAGAUUUGCUCAUCAUCGAAUGUCCAUCCAGGACAUCUGUGGCCGUCCUGUCAGCUUUCUAUGGACGACACGUUCCCAAUAAGCACCUGUGCUCCUCUGAAGGCUCAAACCAGACAGUGGAGGAGGACACAGAAUGCAUGUCUGCCGUUGCUGUUGAGAAGGUGGUGUCAGAGUGUCAGGACCAGCAGUCUUGUCACAUCCCCGUUCUCAGUCCAGUUUUUGGGCAGGACCCCUGUCCGCUCACCAGCAAGUACCUCUUAGUCUCCUACAAGUGCCGACCAGAGCACCAUCGCACACGACUGGUGUGUGAAAAUGAGCGUCUGAGGCUGACGUGUAAAAAUGACACCGUCCUUGCCAUCUACUCCGCCUCCUUUGGGCACCUGCUCCAUGGCAGUCCGAACUGCCCACAGGACUCCGGAUCACGGACCAACAUGGGUCUGAAUCUUAGUAGCAACAUCAGGAAACAUCUGUUGUGCUUGUCUCCCGUGGCUCUGAGGAGGGUGUCACGACGAUGUCACGGCAGAGCGAAUUGUUCCGUCCUGGCAGACACCCAAACCUUUGGGGACCCUUGUUUUCCUGGCACCAGGAAACACCUGCGGGUGUCCUUCACUUGUGUGCCCAAAUACCUUCUUGAAGAUGUGGGUCGAGGGUCCAUAGAUCCUUUCAUGAUCUCCGACUACACGCACGGUGGAUGGUACACUGGCCCCACCUACAGGCCACAAAAUGUGAUCUUAACCAACUCUCUGGAGAUCAUUGAAAAAAUACUCGGUCUCCCUGAGAAAGUGGCUCUGUACUUCGUCUCUGGGAUAUGUGCCGGUCUGGUGUUCCUGCUCUGCGUUUUUGGUCUCCGCUCCACAUUUGUGAGGGAUGUUAAGGGUCUGGUUUCUGACCUGAGCGAUGAGCUGAGGGCGUCGCGCAGACAAAACAAGGAGCUCAUGGACGACCUCUUCGAUGACGACAUCUCAGACACAUCGUCCUUCCGUCGCCUCACGCAGUCCUAUCGCAUGGCAGAAAUCUUCGGCCCGUCGACAUUGACACUAGAGCUAGCGGAGCGUGAGGGGCAACAGAUGAGGGAUCUGCCCAACGGAGACAUCUGGCCACAUCUGGACUCCAGCCCCUAUGCCAUUCAUAAGAUCAAAACCUACAACACCUGACCGAAGGCAUAUUGCUCUGCUCUGAAAGAUUUCCCGAUAACAGCAAUCAUGCACAGAGAAUAUUUCCUUUAUCUAGCCUCAACAGAGAUCUGAUUCCAGUCAAAUACAGGAGCGGUCUUUACAUAAUCCAAUUUCCUCUCUAACCAAAUGUAUGCAAAUCUAACUUCAUUCUCUCACACAGUUUUGCUCCAUUGUUCCAGUUUCCAUGUAUUUUUCUUCCAUUUGAUUAGACUUGGGUUGAAUAUAAGAUGCCUCCUAUAAAUAAUCUAAGAAUAAAUUGUUCUGAUUAAUAAACAUGAAUUUAAAAUCUGGUCUCUACAUUUAUAUUGUUAGGAUUUGGUUAUAAAUACACACUUUAGCAUAAGAUGCUAUCACAUGAUCUAUGUAGAU